GUUUAUUUGUGUUUGUGUUUAUUUGUGUUUGUGUUCAUUUAUGUUGUUGUAAUUGUUUCUUUUGUUUUAUGUGUUUCUGUUUGUUUUUAUUUGUUUGUGCUUGUGUUUCUGUUUGUGUUUGUCUGUGGUUGUUUGUGUUUGUUUGUUCAUCUGUGUUUGUUUGUGUCAUUUGUGUUUGUUUGUGUUUAUUUGUGUUUGUGCUUGUUUAUGUUUGGUUCUAUUUUUUUGUGUUUGUUUAUGGUUGUUUAUGUUUGUUUCAUUUGUUUGUUUGUUUUUAUUUGUUUGUGUUUGUGUUUGUCUGUGGUUGUUUGUGUUUGUUUGUUCAUCUGUGUUUGUUUGUCAUUUGUGUUUGUUUGUUUAUCUGUGUUUGUUUGUGUUUAUUUGUGUUUGUGCUUGUUUAUGUUUGGUUCUAUCUGUUUGUAUUUUUUAUGGUUGUUUAUGUUUGUUUUAUUUGUUUGUUUUUUUUUGUUUGUUUGUGUUUUUUAUUUGUUUGUGUUUUUUAUUUGUUUGUGUUUUUUGUUUGUUUGUGUUUGUUUAUGUUUAUGGUUGUUUAUGUUUGUUUUAUUUGUUUUUUUUAUUUGUUUGUGUUUGUUUAUGGUUGUUUAUGUUUGUUUCAUUUGUUUGUUUGUUUUUAUUUGUUUGUGUUUUUUAUUUGUUUUUUUUGUUUGUUUGUGUUUGUUUAUGUUUAUGGUUGUUUAUGUUUGUUUUAUUUGUUUGUUUUUAUUUGUUUUUAUUUAUUUGUGUUUGUUUGUGUCAUUUGUUUGUUUGUUUAUCUGUGUUUGUUUGUGUUUAUUUGUGUUUGUGCUUGUUUAUGUUUGGUUGUAUUUGUUUGUAUUUCUUAUGGUUGUUUAUGUUUGUUUUAUUUGUUUGUCUGUUUUUAUUUGUUUGUGUUUGUUUAUGGUUGUUUAUGUUUGUUUCAUUUGUUUGUUUGUUUUUAUUUGUUUGUGUUUUUUAUUUGUUUGUGUUUUUUGUUUGUUUGUGUUUGUUUAUGUUUAUGGUUGUUUAUGUAUGUUUUUUUUAUUUGUUUGUUUUUUGUUUGUUUGUGUUUGUUUAUGUUUAUGGUUGUUUAUGUUUGUUUUAUUUGUUUGUUUUAUUUUGUUUUUAUUUGUUUGUGUUUGUUUGUUUUAUUUGUUUGUUUGUCUUUUUUGUGUUUGCUUGUGUUUUGUUUGUGUCUAUUUGUGUUUUGUUUGUGUUUGUGUAUUUUGUUUGUGUUUUGUUUCUGUUUGUUUGUGUUUUGUUUCUGUUUGUUUGUGUUUUGUUUCUGUUUGUUUGUGUUUUGUUUUUGUUUGUGUUUGUUGAUUUUUGUGUUUGUUUGUUUAUGUUUGUUGCAUUUAUAUUUGGUUGUGUUCGUGUUUGUAUUUAUGUUUUUUGUGUUUGUGUGUUUUGUGUUGCUGUUUUUGUGUUUGUUUAUCUUUGUUUGUCUUUGUUAGUUUUGUUUUUGUGUUUGUUUGUUAUUUUAUUUUAUAAAGCUUUGC